CUGCAGUGUCAGAAAGUGAUAGACACAGAGGUCGCGGACAGCCACAUCUAGCCCAGCAUGAAGUUUCAGCAUAUGCUGAGGGCCACUGCGGCACUUGCUACAUCUGCAACUGCCGUGAACCUCACUGGCUACGAAUAUGUUAUCGUUGGCUCUGGUGCUGGCGGAGGUCCCCUGGCUGCCCGUCUUGCCCUCGCCGGCCACAAGACCUUGCUCCUUGAGGCUGGCGACGACCAUGGCACCGAGAACAACUACACUGUCCCGGCCUAUAGCGUGAGGAUGUCAGAGGAGAAGGAGGUCUCGUGGAACUUCUUUGUUCACCACUACGCCGACAACGCCCGCCAGGCUCGAGACUUCAAGACCAGCUACCAGACCCCUUCUGGCUCCAUAUACACCGGCCUGAACCCUCCUGCUGGCUCUAAGCUGCUGGGUACCCUUUACCCACGUACUGGUGCCCUGGGAGGAUGCACAGCACACAAUGCCUUGAUCGCUGUCUACCCCCACCAGUCAGACUUCGACUACAUCGCAACCAUGACCGGUGACUCGUCGUGGUCUGCCGACAACAUGCGCCAAUACUUCGUCAGGAUGGAGAAGAAUCAGUAUCUGCUGCCUGGGCAACCUGGGCACGGUUAUGAUGGUUGGCUUUCCACUGAGGUUGCACCUCUAAGCAUCGUGACCGGAGACGGCCAACUCCUCAGCAUGCUUACCGGAGGAGCAUUCGCCCUUGGUAACGAGACCAACUCCGUCAUCAACCUCGGAACUUUGAUCGCCGGCGACGCCAAUGCAGACACUGACACCCGCGACACUACACCUGGCUACUACCAAAUCCCUCUGUCAACCGGCGAUGCUCACCGUGUUGGCUCCCGCGAGUUUGUGGUCGCGGUCCGCGAUGCCACCAAUGAGGACGGCAGCAAGAAGUACCCUCUUGAUGUCCGCCUGAACGCCCAUGUUACCAAGAUCACUUUCGAUAAGUCUGUUAAACCACCGCGUGCGACCGGAGUUGAGUUCCUCGAUGGCAAGUACCUUUACAAGGCCAGCCCCCUGAGCAGCGGUGCCACUGGCACCCCUGGCUCAGUUACAGCUUCCCGCGAAGUCAUCAUUGCCGGCGGUGUCUACAACUCGCCUCAGAUUCUGAAGCUCAGCGGUGUCGGCCCUGCUGCUGAGCUCAAGAAGUUUGGCAUCCCCGUCAUCGUUGACGCCCCCGGUGUCGGAACCAACCUCCAGGACCACUACGAGAUCACGGUCCAGGGCAAGAUCCCGAACAACUGGACUGCCUUGGAGGGCUGCACCUUCGAUGAGAGCGCAGCAGAUUUGUGUCUCGACCGCUGGGAGAACCCUGUUGCAGGCGACCACGGCCUGUACUCAUCCCCGGGCCUCGCCGCCGCCAUGUAUUACAAGAGCUCCGUCGCCACCAACAACGAGUGGGAUGCUUUCGUCUUCGGCGGCCCCGUCAACUUCCGCGGCUACUUCCCCAACUACAGCUUCAACGCCACCGAGGAGCACGACUGGUUCACCUGGGCCAUCCUGAAGGCCCACCCUCGCAACACUGCGGGUACCGUGAAGCUGCUCUCCGCCAACCCCCUUGAUAUGCCCGAGAUCACCUUCAACUACUUUGACACGGGUAACAACGACUUCCAGGCCGACGUGACCGCCCUGACCGAGGCCGUCGCCCUCGCUCGUGACGCCUUUGCGCGCCAGCUUGUCAACGUCACCGAGGUCCUCCCCGGCGCAGACGUCCAGGGCGCUGAGGCCGUUGGCCAGUACGCCAAGGACACCGCAUGGGGUCACCACGCCUCGUCCACCGUCCCCAUCGGCGCCGAUGGUGAUAAGAAUGCCGUCCUGGACUCUAGCUUCCGCGUUCGUGGCGUGUCUGGCCUGCGUGUUGUUGACGCCUCGGUCUACCCUCGGAUUCCUGGCACGUUCACCGCCGUGUCGACCUACAUGGUUGCUGAGAAGGCUGCGGACGUCAUCCUGAGUCAGCUUAAUGCCACCUCAGCCAAGAAGAGGUAAACGAGAUUAUUUUGGGAGGAUUCUACUAUUUAGCAACUUUCUAUGAUGUACAUAUACACUUUUGGUACAUGACGAUCAAGAUCAGAUUCACGUAGCACAAUGUAAAUGCAAUUCAGUCA